GUAAUAAAAUCAGAAAGCAAGAGAAAAACCUAGUAGCUAAACCGCCACUAGUUCCGCCUCUUAUAUGGUCUCUUAUCACUCCAGGCGGAGCCUAUAGAACUCCCGCGGCUUCUGCGACUCCCGAAUCUCACUUCUCCCGAUCUCCGAUUCUCGCACUUUUUUCUCCAUAAUUCGUUCAGGUUUUCUUUUACAAGCAAAGAUGGCGUCGCGUUUCUGGACUCAGCCCGGAAGUGAUUCCGAGUCAGAGGAGAGUGAUAAUGAUUUGGGGAGUGUUGAUGGUGAGCCCACCUCCGAACCGACCGUUAACAGAUAUCUUAGGGAGAAUGAUAGCGAUAGCGACGCCUCUGAUGACCAAAAACGUGUCGUUAGAUCGGCCAAAGACAAGCGUUUUGAGGAGUUGUCGGCCACUGUCGACCAGAUGAAGAAUGCCAUGAAGAUCAAUGACUGGGUUAGCCUGCAGGAGAGCUUUGACAAGAUUAAUAAGCAGCUUGAGAAAGUGAUGCGUAUCACCGAGUCUGACAAGGUCCCGGGCCUUUACAUCAAGGCUCUUGUUAUGUUGGAGGACUUCUUGAGUCAGGCUUUGGCGAAUAAGGAUGCGAAGAAGAAGAUGAGCAGUAGCAAUGCCAAGGCAUUGAAUUCCAUGAAACAGAAAUUGAAGAAGAACAAUAAGCAGUACGAGGACGCAAUUAAUAAAUUUAGGGAGAAUCCCGAGAGUGAGGAGGAAAAGGAUGUGGAUGAGGAUAUUGACGACGAGGAAGAAACUGACUCUGAGAUUGAGGAGGAUAUUACCAAGAUUGCCGAGUUGGGUUCUGAGGAUGACGAUUAUGAAGAUGAUGAAAGGGAACCUGAAGUCGGGUGGGAGAGGAAGAUGAGUAAGAAAGAUAAGCUCAUGGAUAAACAGUUUAUGAAGGAUCCUAGAGAAAUCACAUGGGAUAUUGUGAAUAAGAAAUUCAAGGAGGUUGUGGCUGCUCGUGGACGUAAGGGAACUGGAAGGUUUGAGCAGGUUGAGCAGCUUACUUUCCUGACAAAGGUUGCCAAGACCCCUGCGCAGAAGCUCGAGAUUCUUUUUAGUGUUGUUUCUGCUCAAUUUGAUGUCAAUCCAGGUCUUAGUGGGUACAUGCCUAUUAAUGUGUGGAAGAAGUGUGUGCAGAAUAUGCUCGUCAUACUUGACAUUCUGGUGCAGCAUUCUAACAUAGUGGUGGAUGACACGAUUGAGCCUGAUGAGAAUGAAUCCCAGAAAGGAGCAGACUACAAUGGAACAAUCCAUGUCUGGGGAAAUCUUGGUGCCUUCUUGGAAAGGAUAGAUACGGAGUUUUUCAAGAGCUUGCAAUGCAUUGAUCCACAUACUCGGGAGUAUGUUGAAAGACUUAGAGACGAGCCAAUGUUUUUGGUUCUUGCUCAAGAUGUACAAGAAUAUUUAGAGCGUGUCAAGAAUUUUAAAGCUGCUGCUAAGGUAGCCUUAAGGCGGGUAGAACUUAUCUAUUAUAAGCCACAAGAGGUUUAUGAUGCCAUGAGGAUAUUGGCUGAGCAUGCUGGAGAAGGUGAUGAUGGUGAAGACUCAAAUGAGGGGCCUAAGGUUGAAGAAAGUAGGGGUCCAUCUGCAUUUAUUGUUACUCCUGAGAUUGUUCCUCGGAAACCCAGCUUUCCAGAGAAUAGCAGAACGUUGAUGGAUAUGUUGGUGUCUUUUAUAUAUAAACAUGGAGAUGAGCGGACUAAGGCUCGUGCAAUGCUUUGUGAUAUUUACCACCAUGCUCUCCUGGAUGAGUUUUCCACUUCCCGUGAUUUGCUGCUAAUGAGUCACUUGCAAGAUCAUGUUCAGCACAUGGACAUCUCAACACAAAUCCUUUUUAACAGGGUUAUGGCACAACUUGGUCUAUGUGCAUUUCGGGUUGGACUUAUUGCUGAAGGGCACAGCUGCCUUUCAGAGCUAUAUUCGGGUGGAAGGGUAAAGGAGUUGCUUGCACAAGGUGUUUCACAAAGUAGAUAUCAUGAGAAGACUCCAGAACAGGAAAGGUUGGAAAGGAGACGGCAGAUGCCUUACCAUAUGCAUAUUAAUCUUGAGCUCUUGGAGGCAGUCCAUUUGAUUUGUGCCAUGCUGCUGGAAGUGCCUACUAUGGCAGCCAAUGUACAUGAUGCAAGGCGCAAAGUCAUAAGCAAGAAUUUCCGGAGACUGCUUGAGGUGAGUGAGAAGCAUACCGUCACAGGCCCCCCUGAAAAUGUUAGAGACCACGUAAUGGCUGCCACUAGGGCCCUCACCAAAGGUGACUUCCAAAAGGCCUUUGAUGUAAUCACGUCUCUCGAUGUCUGGAAGCUCCUGAGGAAUCGUGAUGACAUUUUUGACAUGCUCAAGGCUAAGCUCAAAGAAGAGGCUCUGAGAACCUACCUUUUUACUUAUGCCUCAGCCUACCAGUCCCUGGGCCUGGAUCAGCUCUCCAAAAUGUUCGACCUCUCAGAUGCACAGGCACGCAGCAUUGUUUGCAAGAUGAUGAUAGACGAGGAGCUCUAUGCGAGUUGGGACCAGCCAGCUAACUGCAUUGUAUUCCAUGAUGUUGAGUACACUAGGCUACAGGCUUUAGCAUUCCAGUUGACAGAUAAGUUGUCGAUCCUGGUAGAGAAUAAUGAGAGGGCAACAGAGGCAAGGUUUGGCGGUGGCGGAAUGGAUCUGUCUUCAAGGCGUAGAGACGGUCAGGACUAUGCUACUGCUGCUGCAGGCGGUAGAUGGCAAGAGAAUUCGUCCUAUACUCAAGGGAGGCAAGGUGGUGGCACUGGACGUACAGGGUACAGUGGUGGAGGGAGAGCAUGGGCAUACGGGCAGGCUCUGGGUGGCGGGUAUUCGAGGGACAGAUCUGGGCAGUUUCGAGGAGCAGGCCGGAGCACCCGAUAUCAAGAUGGGUCUGGAAGAACAGGUUUGGGUGCGAGGGGAUUGCAGAUGGAUUCUUCGAGUCGCAUGGUCAGUCUGAACAGGGGUGUUCGAGCUUAACGGGACAUAUAGUAGUUAGACUACUGGAAGAGAAGAGAACUUCAAAAUUCAGGCAUUUUAAUUAGUUGUUUGAUCUUCGGUUGUUCUUAAAUAUAAUCGUUUAAUUUAGAGAACCACCGUUAAUUUAAUAUUUGAAUUUAUAGUUUUUCUGGGUUUGACCGCAAGUUUGGAAUUUUAAGGAACAGGUGAUGUUGAUUUUA